AUUAAAAAUAAGUCAAUAUGGCUUCACAAUCAAUAGAAAUUCCCUUGAGGGAUACUGAUGAAGUCAUAGAGCUAGAUUUGGAUCAGAUACCGGAUGGAGAUGAAGUUUUAGGAAUUCUAAGUCAAGAACAAGCACCAUUAAAUAUAUGGGUUACAUUAGCAUUAGAAUACUAUCGGCAAGGUAAAGUUGAUGAAUUUGUGAAGAUAUUAGAUGUAUCUCGAACAGAUGCUAAUCUUGAUUACAGAGAAUUUGAAAGGGAUCAGAUGAAAGCUUUUGACACAUUAGCUGCAUAUUAUGUGCAACAAGCUAAUAAAGAAAAGAAUAAAGACAAGAAAAGGGAACUUUUCACUAAAGCAACUUUACUGUAUACAACAGCAGAUAAGAUCAUAAUGUAUGACCAAAAUCAUCUUUUAGGUAGAGCUUACUUUUGUCUUUUAGAAGGAGAUAAGAUGGAUCAAGCAGAUGCACAGUUUAAUUUUGUUUUAAAUCAGUCUCCAAACAAUAUCCCAUCUUUACUUGGUAAAGCAUGUAUAGCUUUUAAUAAGAAAGAUUACAGAGGAGCCCUUGCAUUUUAUAAAAAAGCAUUGAGAACUAAUCCAAAAUGUCCUGCAGCUGUUAGACUUGGAAUGGGACAUUGCUUUUAUAAAUUAAACAAACAUGAUAAAGCAAGAUUAGCUUUUGAAAGGGCUCUUCAAUUAGAUUCCCAUUGUGUAGGAGCAUUAGUUGGACUUGCAGUAUUAGAAUUAAAUCAGAAAACACCUGAUUCUAUCAGAAAUGGUGUUCAAAUGCUAUCAAAGGCAUAUUCUAUUGAUCCAUCAAAUCCUAUGGUUUUAAAUCAUUUAGCUAAUCAUUUCUUUUUUAAAAAAGACUAUGAUAAAGUUCAGCAUUUAGCAUUACAUGCAUUUCAUAAUACAGAAAAUGAAGCAAUGAGAGCUGAAAGUUGUUAUCAGCUUGCUAGAGCAUUUCAUAUUCAAGAAGAUUAUGAUCAAGCAUUUCAGUAUUACUAUCAAGCAACACAAUUUGCUUCACCAUCAUUUGUUUUGCCACAUUUUGGAUUAGGACAAAUGUACAUAUACAGAGGAGACAGUGAAAAUGCUGCUCAAUGUUUUGAAAAGGUUUUAAAAGUUCAACCUGGAAAUUAUGAAACAAUGAAAAUUUUAGGUUCCCUUUAUGCUCAUUCUACAAGUCAAUCAAAAAGGGAUCAAGCAAGAAGUCAUUUAAAAAAAGUAACAGAACAGUUUCCAGAUGAUGUGGAAGCUUGGAUUGAAUUAGCACAAAUUUUAGAGCAGUCAGAUAUACAAGGAGCUCUAUCAGCUUAUGGUAUUGCUACUCAAAUUUUAAAUGAGAAGGUACAGGCUGAUGUACCACCUGAAAUUUUAAAUAAUGUUGGAGCUUUGCAUUUUCGUUUAGGAAAUUUACAGGAAGCCAAACGAUAUUAUGAAGCCUCUUUGGAACGCUCUAGAUCUGAAGCAAGACAUGAUGAACAUUAUUACAGUUCCAUAUCUGUAACAACAACAUAUAAUUUAGCCCGACUCAUGGAAUCUUUGUUUCAAUUUGAUAUGGCUGAACCUUUAUAUAAGAAUAUCUUAAGAGAACAUCCAAAUUAUGUUGACUGUUAUCUAAGACUUGGUUGCAUGGCAAGAGAUAGGGGUCAGAUAUACGAAGCUUCUGAUUGGUUCAAAGAAGCAUUACAAGUUAACCAAGAUCAUCCUGAUGCUUGGUCAUUAAUUGGAAAUCUUCAUUUAGCUAAACAAGAAUGGGGACCAGGGCAGAAAAAAUUUGAACGUAUUCUCAAACAAGAAGUAACUGGCAAUGAUACAUAUUCUUUAGUUGCUCUUGGAAAUGUAUGGUUACAGACUCUUCAUCAACCAACAAAAGACAAAGAAAAGGAGAAAAGACAUCAAGAUAGAGCCUUGGCAAUGUACAAACAGGUAUUAAGAUGUGAUCCACGAAAUAUUUGGGCAGCUAAUGGAAUAGGAGCAGUUUUAGCUCAUAAAGGUUAUAUAUCUGAAGCAAGAGAUAUAUUUGCUCAAGUAAGAGAAGCUACAGCAGAUUUUUGUGAUGUUUGGUUAAAUAUAGCUCAUAUUUAUGUUGAACAAAAGCAAUAUGUUGCAGCCAUUCAAAUGUAUGAAAACUGUUUGAAAAAAUUUUUUAAGUAUCACAAUGUAGAAAUUUUAAUGUAUCUUGCUCGUGCUUAUUUUAGAUGUGGAAAGUUGAAAGAAUGUAAACAAGUAUUACUGAAAGCACGCCGUGUGGCACCUCAUGAUACAGUUUUAUUAUAUAAUAUUGCUUUGGUUUUACAAAAAUUAGCAACACAAACAUUAAAAGAUGAGAAAAGUAAUUUAAAAACUGUUCUUGCUGCUGUUCAUGAAUUAGGGUUGGCUCAUAGGUAUUUCCAGUAUCUUAGUGUUCAUGGUGAUAGAAUGAAAUAUGAUUUAGCCCAGGCUGCUGCUGAAGCACGACAAUGUCAAGAUUUAUUAAGUCAAGCUCAGUAUCAUGUUGCAAGAGCAAAACGUCUAGAUGAAGAAGAACGUGAAGUGCGUCGCAAACAAGAAGAGGAAAGGGAAGCACUUCGACAGAAAUUAGUUGAUGAACAACGCCGUCUUGAAGAAUGGCGUCAAAAGCAAGAAAUGGAAUUAAUUCAGAAACGUCAGGAAUUUGUAGAGAAAAGUAAAAAUAAAUUACUAUUCACAGAAGUGGUUGAGGAGAAAAGGAAAGGAGGUCGUCGUAAAAUCCACGAUGAUUAUAUUACAGAUGGAAGUAGUUCAGAGAACGAAAAUGAACCAAAAAAGAAAAGAAAGAAGAGAGCAUCAAGCGGCUCAGAAGGAGAAGGUGGUGAAAACAAAGAAAGAAAGAAAAAGCAUAAGAAAAGACAUCGUGCUGAAGAUGGUGGUAGUGAGGAAGAAAAGCAAAAGCAUGGAAGAAGAAAAGCAGAGCGUAAGAAAACAAAAGUAUCUGAUGAUGGCUUAACAGCCAAACAACGUAGUCGAGUAGUAUCUAAAGCUACAAUAUCCUCUAGUGAUGAUAGUGAUAGUGACAAAGAACCUCCACAACCUACAAUUCCUCCCAGUCCGUCAAGUCCAAGUGGCAGUGAAGAAGCUCAGACCAAUAAAAGAAGAAGAAUAGCUUCAGAUUCUGAAAGUGAAGUAGAAAAUGAAGAGAAAAGACAACAUGUAGUGUCUGAUUCUGAAAGUGAUGCAGGAAGUGAUAAAAAAGUACGAAGAAUAGCUUCUGAUUCAGACAGUGAAAAUGAAACAAAGAAACCACAGAUAGCUUCCGAUUCAGAAAGUGAAAAUGAAACAAGGAAACCACAGGUAGCUUCAGAUUCAGAAAGUGAAAAUGAAACAAGGAAACCACAGGUAGCUUCAGAUUCAGAAAGUGAAAAUGAAACAAGGAAACCACAGGUAGCUUCAGAUUCAGAAAGUGAAAAUGAAACAAGGAAACCACAGGUAGCUUCAGAUUCAGAAAGUGAAAAUGAAACAAGGAAACCACAGGUAGCUUCAGAUUCAGAAAGUGAAAAUGAAACAAGGAAACCACAGGUAGCUUCAGAUUCAGAAAGUGAAAAUGAAACAAGGAAACCACAGGUAGCUUCAGAUUCAGAAAGUGAAAAUGAAACAAGGAAACCACAGGUAGCUUCAGAUUCAGAAAGUGAAAAUGAAACAAGGAAACCACAGGUAGCUUCAGAUUCAGAAAGUGAAAAUGAAACAAGGAAACCACAGGUAGCUUCAGAUUCAGAAAGUGAAAAUGAAACAAGGAAACCACAGGUAGCUUCAGAUUCAGAAAGUGAAAAUGAAACAAGGAAACCACAGGUAGCUUCAGAUUCAGAAAGUGAAAAUGAAACAAGGAAACCACAGGUAGCUUCAGAUUCAGAAAGUGAAAAUGAAACAAGGAAACCACAGGUAGCUUCAGAUUCAGAAAGUGAAAAUGAAACAAGGAAACCACAGGUAGCUUCAGAUUCAGAAAGUGAAAAUGAAACAAGGAAACCACAGGUAGCUUCAGAUUCAGAAAGUGAAAAUGAAACAAGGAAACCACAGGUAGCUUCAGAUUCAGAAAGUGAAAAUGAAACAAGGAAACCACAGGUAGCUUCAGAUUCAGAAAGUGAAAAUGAAACAAGGAAACCACAGGUAGCUUCAGAUUCAGAAAGUGAAAAUGAAACAAGGAAACCACAGGUAGCUUCAGAUUCAGAAAGUGAAAAUGAAACAAGGAAACCACAGGUAGCUUCAGAUUCAGAAAGUGAAAAUGAAACAAGGAAACCACAGGUAGCUUCAGAUUCAGAAAGUGAAAAUGAAACAAGGAAACCACAGGUAGCUUCAGAUUCAGAAAGUGAAAAUGAAACAAGGAAACCACAGGUAGCUUCAGAUUCAGAAAGUGAAAAUGAAACAAGGAAACCACAGGUAGCUUCAGAUUCAGAAAGUGAAAAUGAAACAAGGAAACCACAGGUAGCUUCAGAUUCAGAAAGUGAAAAUGAAACAAGGAAACCACAGGUAGCUUCAGAUUCAGAAAGUGAAAAUGAAACAAGGAAACCACAGGUAGCUUCAGAUUCAGAAAGUGAAAAUGAAACAAGGAAACCACAGGUAGCUUCAGAUUCAGAAAGUGAAAAUGAAACAAGGAAACCACAGGUAGCUUCAGAUUCAGAAAGUGAAAAUGAAACAAGGAAACCACAGGUAGCUUCAGAUUCAGAAAGUGAAAAUGAAACAAGGAAACCACAGGUAGCUUCAGAUUCAGAAAGUGAAAAUGAAACAAGGAAACCACAGGUAGCUUCAGAUUCAGAAAGUGAAAAUGAAACAAGGAAACCACAGGUAGCUUCAGAUUCAGAAAGUGAAAAUGAAACAAGGAAACCACAGGUAGCUUCAGAUUCAGAAAGUGAAAAUGAAACAAGGAAACCACAGGUAGCUUCAGAUUCAGAAAGUGAAAAUGAAACAAGGAAACCACAGGUAGCUUCAGAUUCAGAAAGUGAAAAUGAAACAAGGAAACCACAGGUAGCUUCAGAUUCAGAAAGUGAAAAUGAAACAAGGAAACCACAGGUAGCUUCAGAUUCAGAAAGUGAAAAUGAAACAAGGAAACCACAGGUAGCUUCAGAUUCAGAAAGUGAAAAUGAAACAAGGAAACCACAGGUAGCUUCAGAUUCAGAAAGUGAAAAUGAAACAAGGAAACCACAGGUAGCUUCAGAUUCAGAAAGUGAAAAUGAAACAAGGAAACCACAGGUAGCUUCAGAUUCAGAAAGUGAAAAUGAAACAAGGAAACCACAGGUAGCUUCAGAUUCAGAAAGUGAAAAUGAAACAAGGAAACCACAGGUAGCUUCAGAUUCAGAAAGUGAAAAUGAAACAAGGAAACCACAGGUAGCUUCAGAUUCAGAAAGUGAAAAUGAAACAAGGAAACCACAGGUAGCUUCAGAUUCAGAAAGUGAAAAUGAAACAAGGAAACCACAGGUAGCUUCAGAUUCAGAAAGUGAAAAUGAAACAAGGAAACCACAGGUAGCUUCAGAUUCAGAAAGUGAAAAUGAAACAAGGAAACCACAGGUAGCUUCAGAUUCAGAAAGUGAAAAUGAAACAAGGAAACCACAGGUAGCUUCAGAUUCAGAAAGUGAAAAUGAAACAAGGAAACCACAGGUAGCUUCAGAUUCAGAAAGUGAAAAUGAAACAAGGAAACCACAGGUAGCUUCAGAUUCAGAAAGUGAAAAUGAAACAAGGAAACCACAGGUAGCUUCAGAUUCAGAAAGUGAAAAUGAAACAAGGAAACCACAGGUAGCUUCAGAUUCAGAAAGUGAAAAUGAAACAAGGAAACCACAGGUAGCUUCAGAUUCAGAAAGUGAAAAUGAAACAAGGAAACCACAGGUAGCUUCAGAUUCAGAAAGUGAAAAUGAAACAAGGAAACCACAGGUAGCUUCAGAUUCAGAAAGUGAAAAUGAAACAAGGAAACCACAGGUAGCUUCAGAUUCAGAAAGUGAAAAUGAAACAAGGAAACCACAGGUAGCUUCAGAUUCAGAAAGUGAAAAUGAAACAAGGAAACCACAGGUAGCUUCAGAUUCAGAAAGUGAAAAUGAAACAAGGAAACCACAGGUAGCUUCAGAUUCAGAAAGUGAAAAUGAAACAAGGAAACCACAGGUAGCUUCAGAUUCAGAAAGUGAAAAUGAAACAAGGAAACCACAGGUAGCUUCAGAUUCAGAAAGUGAAAAUGAAACAAGGAAACCACAGGUAGCUUCAGAUUCAGAAAGUGAAAAUGAAACAAGGAAACCACAGGUAGCUUCAGAUUCAGAAAGUGAAAAUGAAACAAGGAAACCACAGGUAGCUUCAGAUUCAGAAAGUGAAAAUGAAACAAGGAAACCACAGGUAGCUUCAGAUUCAGAAAGUGAAAAUGAAACAAGGAAACCACAGGUAGCUUCAGAUUCAGAAAGUGAAAAUGAAACAAGGAAACCACAGGUAGCUUCAGAUUCAGAAAGUGAAAAUGAAACAAGGAAACCACAGGUAGCUUCAGAUUCAGAAAGUGAAAAUGAAACAAGGAAACCACAGGUAGCUUCAGAUUCAGAAAGUGAAAAUGAAACAAGGAAACCACAGGUAGCUUCAGAUUCAGAAAGUGAAAAUGAAACAAGGAAACCACAGGUAGCUUCAGAUUCAGAAAGUGAAAAUGAAACAAGGAAACCACAGGUAGCUUCAGAUUCAGAAAGUGAAAAUGAAACAAGGAAACCACAGGUAGCUUCAGAUUCAGAAAGUGAAAAUGAAACAAGGAAACCACAGGUAGCUUCAGAUUCAGAAAGUGAAAAUGAAACAAGGAAACCACAGGUAGCUUCAGAUUCAGAAAGUGAAAAUGAAACAAGGAAACCACAGGUAGCUUCAGAUUCAGAAAGUGAAAAUGAAACAAGGAAACCACAGGUAGCUUCAGAUUCAGAAAGUGAAAAUGAAACAAGGAAACCACAGGUAGCUUCAGAUUCAGAAAGUGAAAAUGAAACAAGGAAACCACAGGUAGCUUCAGAUUCAGAAAGUGAAAAUGAAACAAGGAAACCACAGGUAGCUUCAGAUUCAGAAAGUGAAAAUGAAACAAGGAAACCACAGGUAGCUUCAGAUUCAGAAAGUGAAAAUGAAACAAGGAAACCACAGGUAGCUUCAGAUUCAGAAAGUGAAAAUGAAACAAGGAAACCACAGGUAGCUUCAGAUUCAGAAAGUGAAAAUGAAACAAGGAAACCACAGGUAGCUUCAGAUUCAGAAAGUGAAAAUGAAACAAGGAAACCACAGGUAGCUUCAGAUUCAGAAAGUGAAAAUGAAACAAGGAAACCACAGAUGGCUUCUGAUUCAGAAAGUGAAAAUGAAACAAGGAAACCACAGGUAGCUUCAGAUUCAGAAAGUGAAAAUGAAACAAGGAAACCACAGGUAGCUUCAGAUUCAGAAAGUGAAAAUGAAACAAGGAAACCACAGAUGGCUUCUGAUUCAGAAAGUGAAAAUGAAACAAGAAAACCACGGAUGGCUUCUGAUUCAGAAAGUGAUGGAGAAACAAAGAAACCAACCAUAGCAUCAGAUUCUGAAAGUGAGAGAGAUACAAAAGAGCAACAUAUGGUAUCUGAUUCAGAAAGCGAGAGAGAGAUGGAUUAAAGAAAAUCUGCAUCAAAAACGAUAAAUUGAACCAUCUGCUAUUAAACUGUCAUUCACAUAUCUUCAGUUUAAAUGUCUUUCUAUUAAAAAGUUUAAUAGCAUUUUAAAAGCAGUUUGUGACAUGCAAAAAUGAAGAUGUUUGCCAUUGACCAAUAGUAGCAUAUGGUAAUAAUAACAGUAAGAUUUCUGGACUGAUAUUAAUGGUCAUCUUGUUCCUUAAACUGAUUUUUUGGAAUUUAUAUUUCUUACUCUAAAGUGAAACAUAAAAUUUGAAAAAGCCAUUAAGGAAUAAAUUGAUACUGAAAUUAUCCUUUUCUUUAAGUAAUGGUGUAUUCUGUUACUUUAAAUAAAACAUGUAUUUUUGUCAUAAAAA